UAUAAGUAAGUCACUGACAGUUGCAAAGUACUUGUGGCACCAAUACGCUCCUCUGGAAGGUGUCCAGAUCGCUGCAGAAAUGCCCCGCGGGAGAGUGCACUUCGCUCUCUCUCUGGCUCUCAUCUACUGUGGCCUUCUGAAUAGCAUCUUCUGUAAAACACAAACAACUCCCAAAUGGGAUAUUAACCCCGUCCUGUCAAGGAGAAUGCCACCUCACCUCCAGAAAUUAGAAGCUGACAACGAUACACUUGCCCACAAAUUGCUGGAUGCUUUGUUAAGGGAGUCUCCCAGGAAGAAUAUCAUCUUCUCUCCUAUGAGCAUCUCCACCUCCCUGGCCAAGCUCUCCCUAGAGAACAAGUCCGCCGUGUUCACUGACCUCCUUAAGGACCUUGAACUUGACCUCAAGGACAUCAGAAAGUGGGAUGUGCACCAACUCUUCCAGAAACUGCACCAGCUGGAUAGAAAUAUAGAACUGAAGCACGGGGACAUUCUGUUUGUUGAUAAAAACAGGAAGAUGGACUCGACGUUUCUGCACAAGCUAAAUAACACACUUGACAUGAAAGUCCACAUGGUUAACUUCCAAGAUGAAGAAAGAACCAAGAAGCAGAUCGACCACCAUGUGGCUGAAAAAAUGCAAGAGAACAUCGACGAAUUAGCCACCGAUCUGGACCCUCACACUUUGCUGUUUCUUGUAAACUACAUUCUCUUCAAAGGCAUUUGGGAAAAAGCUUUUCAAGCUAACCUCACACAGAAGGAGGAUUUUUUUGUGGAUGAGAAGACCAUAGUUCCAGUGGAUAUGAUGAAGAAGACAGAACUAAUGAUUUAUAAACGAUCAGAGGAACUGUCUGCUACAAUGGUUAAAAUGCUAUGCAAGGGAAAUGUGUCCGCUGUCCUGGUGCUCCCAGAUGUGAGACAAUCUGAAUCUGCUCUACAAGAGAUCCUCUCUAAGCGAGCUGAACUUAUGAAUUCCGGCGACACGAGAUUGGUGCACAUAGUUAUGCCCAGACUCAAGAUCUCCUCCAGGAUAAAUUUAAGAAAUCUGUUUCCUGUCUUGGGCAUCGAAAAUUUGCUUACUCCAAAAGCAGACUUAUUAGGCAUCACAAAGGACCAUCUCCCCGCUAUUUUAGAGGCUGUGCAUGAAGCCCGAGUGGAAAUGAGCGAGGAAGGUGUGGCAGUGGAUGCGGCCAAGCACAUGGACCAGAAGGCAGCCCUCUCGAAGGCGUGGACGGCAUCUCCUAUAGUCGUGAAAUUCAACAGACCCUUCUUCCUGUUUGUGCAGAAUGAGAAAACUCAAAAAGAGCUCUUUGUGGGCAAAGUCUUCAACCCCAAGUAGAGAUGGGGCCAUUCUGUGCUGCGCUAGAAUGUAGCUGCUUAUAAAUAAAGUGAAUAAAAUUCACUCUUAGUGAUUCAAGAGAA